UCACCAUUCAUACUUUGUUUCGAACCGCAGUUAUCCCGUAUCAUGCGUUUUUCUUAUACAAACCGCAGUUAAACCGUACCGCAGUAUCAAAUCCGCUUGUUCCGCACCGCUCAAUCCGCUGUUACCAUUCGGAGCCUUAGCAUCACAUUGCCUCAAUCAAAACUCCAAAGACCAUAAGAAUAUCGCUAGAGUAGUAUAGUGAUGAAACACAAAACGGCAGAAUUGUUUUUAGAAUGCUACAAAUUGAUUAUUGACAUAUAUGAAAUUGAAAAGGGGGAAAUAGAGAGAGACUCCUGAAAGCUCCCCAGGUAAGGGCAAAUAGCAGCCUCUACUCCCUGAAUUUCACAGCCUUUAUCAUCAAUGCUCUUCUGAGACCAUCUCCAAUCCACCUCUAUUUCUAUCUCUAUAUUUUUUUCUAAAAUAGAAAAACUCUAUUAUAGAAGUGAAAAUGCUACAAUGUAUGCCUCUAUAAUAGAGUUCCUCUAUUUAUAGGAGAAAAUAUAGAGAUAUGAUAUUUCUACCUCUAAAUAUAGAGGCAAAAAAUAAAUUUUCUCUAUAUUUUCCUCUAAAGAACCCCGAACACUCAAAAUUCACACAGCUCUCUCUCUCUAUUUAAGUGCCACUUUCUUUAUAAAUAUAUAAUAUUGCACACAACCAGGUUAUACUCACCAUCACCUUUUGCAUCGUUGCUCUCUUUGUUCUCCUUUUCCGUGUCUCUUCGAGUAACAAGACUUUAAACAAUCUCCUUUUCAGUUACAAUAAUUAAACGAUGAUGCUUGCGUUGGAAGAUGUUUUGAGCGAGCUCGCUGGAGAAGUAAACGACAGAGGAUUACCACCAGGCUUCCGGUUUCACCCGACAGACGAAGAGCUCAUAACUUUCUACUUAGCUUCCAAAGUCUUCCAUGGAGGUCUCUGUGGCAUUCACAUCGCUGAAGUUGAUCUCAAUCGCUGCGAACCUUGGGAACUUCCAGAAAUGGCGAAGAUGGGAGAGAGAGAGUGGUACUUUUACAGUUUAAGGGAUAGGAAGUAUCCGACGGGGCUAAGGACUAAUAGAGCCACUACUGCUGGAUACUGGAAGGCCACCGGAAAAGAUAAGGAGAUAUUUUCCGGCGGCGGUGGAGGAGCGCUUGUUGGGAUGAAGAAGACGCUGGUGUUCUACAAGGGAAGGGCUCCACGUGGUCUCAAGAGUAAGUGGGUCAUGCAUGAGUAUCGCCUCGAAACCGACCUUUCACACCGCCACACUUGUAAGGAGGAAUGGGUGAUCUGUAGAGUGUUUAACAAAACAGGAGACAGAAAGAAUGUUGGAAUCCAUAACCAAAUCAGCUACCUCCAUAACACUUCACUAUCAACAACACAACAUCAUCAUCUUGAAAAUUUACCUUCUCUUCUUCAACCUUCCAAAACCCUAACCAACUUUCCACCGCUACUCUACUACGAUGAUACACACCAAAAUUACAAUGAUAACCUACUCCAUGGAAUAUCAGGCCACAAUGUCGACGAGCUCAAAGCUCUAAUCAACCCUGUCGUGUCUCAGCUCAACGAAGUCCUCUUCUCUCCUGAAAGCAACUACUACAACGACGAAGACGACAACUUCGGCGUGAAGACAGAGCAAUAUUCGAACGGUGGCAAUAACGAUCUUGAUGUACGAGAUUACUUAGAGAACCCUCUUUUUCAGGAAGCAGGUUACAGUCUGCUGGGUCUUUCGUCUUCUCCUGGACCUCGUAUGCUAUAUUAGAUUCUUCAUGUCUUUUAGGUUUCCAGCUGUAGAAUCCAGGCCUUUGAAUUAUAUAUUCGGUCUUUUGUUCUUUUUUAUAUAUUUCAGAUUUUGUAAAAUACUUAUUUAUACAAAUAUUAUUAUUCCUAAAA